AUGACUAUGACUCUUGAUGGCAUUCGUACAUCAUUAUCGCCUAAUCCAGCAAAGGACUUUCGUUGUGAAUUUGUUCCGAUUAAAAAUAACAAAGGAAAUGGGGCAUUUUCAGACGUUACCUAUUUCAUUGUUACAGAAGCUGAGGGUGGUGCAGCACCACCGAGUACAGAAUAUGGUUAUAUCUAUCCUGUAUUAGUUAAUUACACUGUUUUAUAUUACCACCCUGAGACAGAUCCAUAUAUGAAAUCCGAGUUAUAA